UCAUAAAUUUAAAGAAUGCCCGACGGGUCAUCUGCCUGUACUAUCAGCGAGUUGUCAGACAAACUUAAGCUGGACAGCAAGAGAGAAGGCGGGGUUACAAAGCAAAUGAUAAAGAAGAUGAGAAAGCGUGAGAUGUUGCUUGCCGGCUCAUCAUUGGCUGAGCAGAAGCUCCCGUCGUGUGGAGGAAAUAUCAUCAGGGAAACUUGCUUUCGCUGCCUUGCUUUGCAUUGCAAGCUCUUUGCAAAAAUGGGCGACGACCGACCAUUUGUGUGCCAUGCUCCUGGCUGUGGACAGAGAUUUACCAAUGAGGACCACUUGGCUGUACACAAACACAAGCAUGAGAUGACGCUAAAGUUUGCACCCAGGACAGACUCGGUCAUUAUUGCAGACCAGACGCCCACUCCUACUCGCUUCCUAAAGAACUGCGAGGAAGUAGGUCUGUUCAAUGAUCUGGCCAACUCCUUCGAACAAGACGACGAUGACAGCAAGCGAGCGAAGAACUCUCUCCCGGCUCCCUCUUCCGCGGCUUUGGACAUGAGCCUGCAGACACCAUCAGAUUUGAAGGUGAAGGAGGAGGAACCAGUGGAGGUUGACUCCUCGCCACCAGACAGUCCAGACUCCAUCUCUGCAAGAACAGAGAGCAGAGAGCCCUUGGUCAAGGUGAAGGACAUGCCACCCAGGAGCUCAGCUCCAACACCUACCAUUGUGCGUCCAGGUUCCCUGCCGUUGCACCUGGGUUUUGAUGCCCUUCAGCCCACCAUGCCAUCACCCACCUCCGUUAUCACACAGGCACCACCUUCUAAUCGCACUUUGGGUUCACCAACAAGCCACUACCCCAUGAUGAUGUUCCCCUCGGGUCAGGCGGUGCCUGUCCUGCCAGGGCCUGUUCAGAUACCAUCUGUCAUCAAUCUGGCUCGACCCAUGUGUAUGGUACCAAACAUUCCCGGGAUCCCUGGUCCUUGUCUUGGAAGCAGCAGCAGCGGUUCAAAUUCCCCCUCUGGCUACAGCAUCCACUCCGAGGCCAAGAUGCGUCUGAAGGCAGCGCUGUCCCAGCAGAGCCCAUCAGGACACAGUAUAGGCAUGAUGGCCAUGGGCAACAGUCCUAUGGCACCUCAGAGAGCAGAACAGAGCCAGCUGCUUGUCCAGCAGCCAGAUGCUCAAUCACCUGCACAGCCUCAGGUAUCACCAGCACAGCCCACAGGUGGGCGUCGGCGACGGACAGCAGACGAUGACCCGGAUGAGCGGAGGCAGCGCUUCUUGGAGAGGAAUCGAGCGGCAGCAUCACGCUGCAGGCAGAAACGCAAACUGUGGGUCAACUCGUUGGAAAAAAAGGCAGAGGAGCUCAGCAGCAUGAACGUCUCGCUGUCGAACGAGGUGUCUCUGUUGCGAAACGAGGUGGCUCAUUUGAAGCAGCUGCUGCUGGCACACAAGGACUGUCCUAUCACCACCCUGCAGAAGAAAUCCACCUACCUAGUAGCUGUGGACGAGAACAUGAAAGAUACCUCGGAACCAACAGGUUCCCCCGCGCCGGUGAUCCAGCACAGCUCGUUGGCGCCCAGCCCCUCGGUCGUCCACAACGGCCUGAGUUCAAGGGCGGCGGCUGAAGCCAUGGCCAUGUCUGUGCUCGCUGGUUUGGGUCAGCAGCAGAACGUCGAGAGCGGAGCUUCUCACAUCAUCAUGGCUGCACAUUCGCAGUCCGCCGCCAGAUGAUGAGCAAUGGCGCCACCCAGACUCCCCUCACGUUUUUCACUCAGUGAAGAUGAGCAGCGUCUUCCCGGCCCUUUCAUGCCCUUCUUGUCUUGAGCCAUCACAUUGUGGCCUUGGAGCUCAGUAGCAGCCUUCUGGAAAUGGACUGACUGAGACUUUUGAGAGAGCUUCCUGUUCACUUUGCCAUAGAUGACAGGGGCUGGACUCCCCCUCUUGCUCCUUGUUGUGUCUUCUCUUCCUCACUGAAUGGUUGACAUGUACCGCUCACACAAAUUUGCAGACACUCACGCCUGUCCGGCAGGAUUUACACAGCUCAUCUAAGUGUCCAGUACAUUGGGCUCGAGCUGGAUUGGACUCGUCCUUUAGCAGAGCUGGUGUUACACAACUUUUUGUGAACAAAGGACAUUUGAUUUUGACCUUUUGUGCCUGCUCUGUUGCAUUUUGAAUCCAGCCAUUUAGGAUGUCUGAUGACAAAGAGCACUAACAGAAGAUCUUGACUGCUGCAUUAGUAUCUCACUAGUCUACAUACUUUUUUUUCAAGUGUAUUUUUGUGUUCUACCAUUAUCUGAUGUCACUGCGGGUUCAUUUACUAAACACCUGAAAGAAGCCACAUGCAUAGCUACACAAGUGACAACAUGGACGUAAACAACAACAGAAUCAUUAGUUGGCCAGGACUGACCCUUUACCCCCAUUGGUUUGAAUGCUGUUAAAUUCCUUGCAAAGUACUACAUCAUAUAUUCCAUAUACCCUACAGUACUCCAAACAUCCCUCCAAUUGCCGCAUACAGAAAAAUAGAAGGAAGAAACUGGCUAGUUACAUUUAUUUUGUUGUUAUACAUUGUUUCUAUAAUCACGGUGAUAUUGCCAAUUAGAAUUUUUUGGGGUGGCUCUUGUCCUACAUCCCACGAGACUAGAUUCCGCACCUGCACUGAGAAGCAGUUAAAUUUGCUCCCUACAUUCAGAACCAAACCAAGUCAUCACCUGUAAAAUGAUGACCAUAUACUUGAGGAUCCUGAAUGCAAACCAUUUGGGUUUGUCAGUAUUUAUUUCCCAAAGAAAUUUUAAUUCUAAAUUACCGUUUUUUUCCGUGUAUAAUGCGCCCCCAUGUAUAAUACGCACCCUAAAAAUGGCAUGUUGAUGCUGGAAAAAAGCCUGUACCCAUGUAUAAUACGCACCCAGAUUUUGACUCCUACUUAAAUCCGUGAACGUAAAAUUAUUUCAGAAAAAAGAUCAUCUUUGGGAACAACCGGAUGUUCUGCCGGUCAGUAUCACUGCACAUGCGGUAGCAUACUCAAUAGCGAAGAAAUGUUUUGGAUUUGUGUAGGGUACAUUGUGACAGCAAACGAGCAGGUGAUCUAGCAAGCGUAUGAUACGAGAGCAUUGUGUUCAUAUGGAGUGUGUUUGAAGUGAACAGCAGAGAAGAAAGCACAUCUGUAAUGGCGGCCUCCGUAUGAUAUCCGGAUUUAAAAAAAAAAAAAAAAUUGAGAAUUUUUUUUUUUUUUAUUUGUACCCAUGUAUAAUGCGCACCCCAGAUUUUAGGACAAUAAAUUAGCUAAAUUUUGCGCAUUAUACAUGGAAAAAAAAUGGUAGCUGAAAAAUUGUGUCUUGGCAUAUUUGCAGUGGUAAUAACAAUAGAUCUAUGUAGCGUUAUUCUGGACACUAAAAGACGCUUUACACUGGACACAUUCAUGCGCUUAAACAUUCUCAUUCUGGUGGUGGUAAACUACAUAAGCAGACACAACUGCCCGGGGGCAGACUGACUGAUGCGUGGCUACAAGUGUGCGCCAGCGGCCCUUCAAACUACUGCCAAACAUUCGCAUGCAUCCAGUUUGGUAUUGGAGUCAAGUCGUAUAAAGUGUUUUGCCCAAGGACAAAAUGACACAUGACUCGGUCAGAGUAGGAUUUAAACAGCCGAUCCUCCGGUUACCGAACGACCCGCUCUACCACCGAGCCACGGCCACUACGAGUCCCCAUCACUCAUGUGUCCACACUUUUUCGGCAGCCACACUAAGACUUCUCACACCCCUGCACCCGUUUUUAAAUAGCAUUGCGGGCCAUGUCCUUAUUCAUUCAUUCUUUCAGCUUCCGAACUGCUUUUCGUGGACAUGCUGGAGCCUAUCGCAGCUGUCUUUGGGGGACACCCUGAACUGGUUGCCAACUAAUCGCAGGGCACACAUAGACAACUGUUAACACUCACAAUCACCCCAACAAUUUAGAGUGGUCAGUCGGCCUACCAUGCAGGUUUUUGCAAUGUGGGACAAUACUAGAGCAAACCCACGCAGGCACGAGGGGAACUUGCAAACUAGUUUGGACUCCACUGAUUUAAAUAAUCUGGAUCAAUGUGUGCUACUUUAUUUGUGUGCAGUCAGUGCCUUUUAAAGUCACACGCAGAACGUGCCUCUACUUUUAAGUCAUGCAAACAAACAUGCCCAAUAGCUCAUGUGGAAAAUACUCCCAAAUAAUUUGGAAAGUGCUUCCUACACACUGAUGUCAACUUAAAAUCAUACCUCAUGUUACACCCCUUUAUGAAAAAUCAUACAAACUGUGGAUGGUUCUGUGUAUCCCAACAUAGCGCUUUGUUUACUUCGCAUCAUGUACGAUACUAGCUAGCUACAUUUAUUUUCUUCCUUUGGCCUACUUCUAUGUGCAACUACAUAUAUGCACACACACAAAAUUGUCUUGCUCUCCAAGAUGAGUACAAUGGGGUGAUAAAGUACUCAAAUGAUGUGAGUCAGGAAUAAUUGCGUUCCUGCAGGGAGUUUACUCGAUCUUGCUAACGCUUCCAUUUCAGCGUGUGGGACUCGUGACUUAAGUUGCACUCUAUGUAACUCAGGACGGUUGCAAAUAAUUGCUGCUAUCCCACAUGCUCCUUACCAAAAAAAAUAAACAAUACAAAGCCAUGUAUAGUGUAUGACCACAAAUCUAAAAACAUAUUCACCUCUCUAAAUAUGUACCAUUUUUGACAUGACAUCACUUCUUUGACUUGCACUUCUAGUGUCUGAACAGAUGGCCUUAAAAUCACGUGUGCCUCUUCAAAUUUCCAUAUAAACAUUCUAUUAUGGGUUACAAAAAUUCAAAGAUGGAAAAAAAUCUUUUUAUUAUGCAAACAGUACUGUCAUUUGGUGAUGAAACGGGGCUAUAACAUAAGCAGAUACUUUUCUUUGUUUUCUUGUGUAAUUUUUAGAAAUACCUUUUCUGCCUAGUAUGGUCAUGUAUUUGCAAAAAAGAAAGAUAUUUGUCUCGAAAUGUACGAGCUUGCCCUUAUGUGCUAAAACUUGCAAGAAUGUGGUUGCUUUGGUUCAUUCUUAUUCUGACAAUCUUUUAUUUCAAUGGUAUUUAGAAUAUCAAUUAUACUGUACUGUGCAACAAAAAUGGGGGAAGGACUUCUUUCACAUUUGACUACUUUUUAAAAGUUUUAGUUGUUCACAUCAUCUCUGCCUUUCUCCUCAGAAUUGUACAACUUGCUAUAAAACACUUUAUCGUGAAUAUGGUCUUUUGCCCUAACUUAUUACCAGUAAUCAUGACAGUCUUCACAAUAUUAAUUUGACCUGUAGUUAAAAGUAGUGAAAUGAGCAGUUUGUUGAAUGUUGCAACAAUGUUACAGUUCUGUACAUGUUAUUUUUGUAACACUCCCUUGGUAGACUGAUGAUUGGAUGAGGUGUCUUUGUACUGUAAAUAUAUGUAUCAUAUGAAUAUAUUUACUUUUUCAUGCAUGUCCAAGUGGAAUACUAUAAACACAUAUUAUUUUGCUGCAAUGUUCUAAAUGAAAUGUGGUGUUAUGAACAUUGCAGCACACUUGUUUUCAGUUAACGCUCGUUCGCUGUUAUAUUCGCUCCCAUUGUUAACUAGUUUUCAAAUUCAGAUGCAGAUCAUAUACUAAGAAUUUCAACAAAGUGGGAAAUAAAACAUGUUUUAUACUA